AUGGAAAACAACAAUAAUCAUAUCAAUAUGGAUGAGGAAUUUGAUGAAUUAAAUGAAGGUGAUAGUCAGGAAGAGAUUAUUGAUGAUAUUAAUCAGGAAGGAAUUAUUGUAGAUAAAAAAGAUGGAGAAGAAGAAGAAAACAAUGAUAUGAGUGAAGAACCAAAAGAACUUAAUGAAGAAGAGUUAGCACAAUUGGAUGAACAAGAAAUGAUGGAAGAAUCUAGUAGAAGAGUCAAAACUAUUAUAACGAAAUAUGGAAAUGAUAUUGAUCAAAGAAAAGUUAAAAUUGAUUUUAAUGAUGGAGUUAUUUGUGUUGCAAUUUCAAAUGAUGGAAAAUUUAUUGCUGGAGGGUCUUGUGAUAAUUCAUAUUCAGUUUAUUCAAUUGAACACAAUAUGUCUUAUAAAAAAACAUAUGAAAAUACAGUCAGUUCAUUAGCAUUUAGUCAUGAUAGUACUCUUCUUGCAGUAGCCAGUUAUGAUGCAACAGUUCGUGUAAUUGAUAUAACAGGUAAUAUCAAACAUUCUUUAGAUGGAUAUGAUGAAUUUGAAUGGGUUCAAUUUCAUCCUAUGGGACAUGUUGUUAUUGCAGGAUCAGUAGAUGGUGCAAUUUGGUUAUGGAAUGGUGAUAGUGGUAAGUUAAUUACAACACUAAAUAGUGGAAUACCUACUACAAUAGGAAGAGUUACUCCUGAUGGUAAACAUAUUGUUGCAGGAUAUCAAGAUGGAAGUAUAAGAAUAUGGUCACCAAAAACACAAGAAUCUAUUAAGAUGAGUAUUUGUCAACCAACUGAGUCUGUUGAAAUUACUUCAAUAGAAAUGAUUCCAACAUCUAAAAUUGGGAUAAUUGGAGCAGCAGAUGGUAAUUGUUAUUUAUUCAAUGAAGAAUUAGGAAGAAUUUGUGCUACAUUAAAAUCAGAUAAUGAAGAUACUUCAGUUGAGUCUGUUGGAAUGAAUAAAUUACAUUCUAACUUUGCAUUUAGUGGUAGUUUAGAUGGUAUAAUUAGAAUGUAUGAUAUGGAUAAUGGACAAAUUGUUCAUGAAUUUAUACAUUCUGAGGAUCAUUUUAGUGUAACCAAAAUAUCACCACUUCAAGGACAAUAUGUUUUAACAACAUUUGGUAUGGAUUCAAGAAUUAAAUUGUGGGAUUUAAGAACUAAGAAUUGUAUUAAAGAAAUGGGUGGGCACCAAGAUGGCAUUAUUUGUGCUGAAGUUAAUUGGGACAAAAAAUUAAUCGUUACAGGAAGUGAAGAUAAUACAAUGGGAUUAUUCGCUUUAUAA